GUCCAAUGCUAUUAGAAACCCUAACUCUAUUAUCAUUUCUUCCCUAUAUUUUGCUUUCUCUAUAGGAUUUCGCUACGAGAUAAGCAGCGGUUGCGGUCAGUCUUCGUCACCCCAUACUCUACCUGCAAAUAUGGCGACUCAAUUGAGCAAAAAACGAAAGUUUGUAGCAGAUGGUGUGUUCUUCGCUGAGCUGAACGAGGUCCUUACCAGGGAACUCGCAGAGGACGGUUACUCUGGCGUCGAAGUUAGGGUUACGCCUAUGCGUACAGAGAUCAUCAUCAGAGCCACCCGUACCCAAAACGUUCUCGGUGAGAAGGGAAGGAGGAUCAGGGAGUUGACAUCUCUUGUUCAGAAACGAUUCAAGUUCCCUGAAAACAGUGUUGAGCUUUAUGCUGAAAGAGUCAACAACAGAGGGCUAUGCGCCAUUGCUCAGGCUGAGUCUUUGCGUUACAAGCUUCUUGGAGGACUUGCAGUCCGCAGGGCUUGCUAUGGUGUUUUGAGGUUUGUUAUGGAAAAUGGAGCAAAAGGAUGUGAGGUUAUUGUUAGUGGAAAGCUUAGAGCUCAGAGGGCCAAGUCAAUGAAGUUCAAGGAUGGGUACAUGGUGUCAUCUGGUCAACCCGUGAAGGAGUACAUUGACUCUGCUGUGAGACAUGUGCUUCUUAGACAGGGUGUUCUUGGUAUCAAGGUGAAGAUCAUGCUUGAUUGGGAUCCUACUGGGAAGCUUGGGCCUAAAACUCCAUUACCUGAUAAUGUUAUAAUUCAUAUGCCUAAAGAUGAUGUAAUUGUGCAUCCACCAAAAGAGGUUGAGGAAUAUAGGCCACCAAUUGUUGCUGAUGAGCCAUUGCCUAUGCCCAUGUCAGUACCUGUUUAAGUCUUGAUCAAAAACAAGAUUAGAUGAAAUCUUUGUAUCCUUGUUGAGACUUCCUUAGUUGUGGAAGAUAAAUUUUCAGUCAGUAUGUUGAGUUUGUUUGGACAAGUGUUUUUGUUUUUGGACUGAUGUUGAAAUUGUUAAAUUUAUGGUUUUAUUGUUGAA